AUGGUUGUGAGUCUCCACUUCAGGCCUUCUAUAGUCUUUUUCGUGGAUCCAGUAUCCGUACCGUGCGUUGGAUGGCGCGAUCAGGGCCACCAUGCUCUGUUCUCCGUCGCGUUGUCGGUCGCUCGUCCGCGUCGGCUGAGCAGGGACAAAAGCAUCAAGCCUUCAAUUAGCUCCGGUUGCCUUUUAGGAGCGGGCAACUUUGAGGACAUGUAGCGCUCUAACGCGUCUAGAGAACAGCGGUGGCGACAGCUUCUACGUGCUUCGUCUCGCGCCGUGACGGACGAACACACAACCGGCUCAGACUCAUCACCCUGGCGGAUCAAACCGUCGAAAUCAUAGACUGACCCCCGUCUCUCUCUUCUGCUGCAGUCGUCCUCCUCUUCGUCGACAGGAUUCGCGCCCAACCCGCAGCUGGCGCUUCCCGGCGACGAUGCGGACAAGCUGAGCGACUACGUGCCCAACUCGAACGAGAUCUCGCGCGUCGCUUCCCGCGUUCCCUCCGUCGGCGGCGACGGGGAGGACGAGGAGGACGAGAUCGACGAGAUGGAGGUCGACGAUGCCGAUGCCGCUAAUGAUGUGACCGCCAGUGGCAAGAAGGCCGCACCGGGCGCGUCGACCAAGAGCGAGCUGAAGAAGAUCGCCAAAGCCGAGCAAGCGCAGCAGAGGAAGGACGACAGGCAACAGGUCAAGCAGCAGGUGUGUUUUCUUGGUUAGGGAAGUGCGAUGAUCGGUACGAUGAAGCUGACUGAGUUAUACAUUGCUCUCAGUUGUCCUCGAGGCGUCACGUCCAAGCCGGACUCAAGUCCGCCGAUUCGAUCAAACGCUUCUCCUACCUCCUCGGCCAGACCGAUCUCUUCCGUCACUUUUGUGAUCUCAAAGUCAGUUGCGCUUGUUUCCCGAUGACCGCGAUGACCAGUAGGAAAGCUGUACUGACGCAGUAGUCUGCCUUUCUCGUCCCCCCUAAGGCCCAGCGUGACCCCGAGUUCGCAAAAAUGCUUGCCGAGUCGGAAAAGGCUCUGACCAAAGGGAAGGGCCCCGGCAAGAAGGGCAAGAACCAAUCGCGCGGCAGGAAGACGGAGAAGGAGGAAGAUGAGGAGCUGCUCGCCGAAACCAAGGCCGAGGACGGCGAGGGCGUGUCGAGCGGCCCGUUCGUUUUCACCGAGUCACCGGCCUUUGUCAAGGGAGGAAAGAUGCGUGACUACCAGGUCCAAGGGCUCAACUGGAUGUGCGGAUUGCACCACAACGGUAUCAACGGUAUCCUUGCUGACGAAAUGGUACGUUGCCCGCUCGCAUCCCUUCCAUCCUUUUUCCCGGCUGCAUGCUGAUCUGCUCCACGCAUAUAGGGUCUCGGAAAAACUCUACAAACGAUCUCUUUCCUCGGCUUCCUUAAAUUCCACCGCGGCAUUGCAGGACCCCAUCUCGUCAUCGUGCCCAAAUCGACUCUGGACAACUGGGCUCGCGAGUUUGCACACUGGGUCCCCGGUUUCAAGGUCUCCAUGCUGCGUGGUGGACCCGAGGAGCGCCACGAGACGUUGACGAAGGAGAUCCUGCCGCAAAACUUUGAGGUGCUCAUCACUUCGUACGAACUGUGCCUUCGCGAGCAGUCGUCGCUCAAGAAGCUGGCCUGGGAAUACAUCAUGAUCGACGAGGCGCACCGCAUCAAGAACGUCGACUCGAUGUUGUCGCAAUGCGUGCGCAUCUUCGAUUCGCGUGCCAGGCUCUUGAUCACGGGUACGCCCUUGCAGAACAACCUGCACGAGCUUUGGGCCUUGCUCAACUUCCUCUUGCCCGACGUCUUCUCGAGCGUGGAGGACUUUGACGCCUGGUUCAAGAAGCAAGACGAGGGCACCGCUGGAGCCAAGGGCGAAGGCGCCGAGGGAGAAGGCUCGAACGCGAUCGUGAAGCAACUGCAUGCCGUCUUGCGACCCUUCUUGCUUCGACGUGUCAAGGCCGAUGUCGAAAAGGCGCUGUUGCCCAAGAAGGAGAUCAACGUCUACGUUGGCAUGACGCAGCUGCAGCGCAAGUGGUACAAGAUGAUCCUCGAGAAGGACAUUGACGCCGUCAACGGAGCUGGAGGCAAGAAGGAAGGCAAGACGCGCUUGCAAAACAUCGUCAUGCAGCUGCGCAAGUGUUGCAACCACCCCUACCUCUUUGACGGCGCUGAGCCCGGUCCUCCUUACACGACUGACGAGCACCUCGUCGAGGCUUCUGGCAAAAUGGUCAUCCUCGAUCGACUGCUUAAGAGCAUGAAGGCCAAGGGCUCGCGAGUGCUCAUCUUCUCGCAGAUGAGUCGUGUGCUCGAUAUCCUCGAAGACUACUGCAUGUUCCGCGAGUACAAGUACUGUCGACUCGACGGUGGGACCGCGCACGAGGACCGCAUGAACGCGAUCGACGCCUACAACAAGCCCGGAUCGGAGAAAUUCAUCUUCUUGUUGACGACGCGUGCCGGUGGUCUCGGCAUCAACCUCGUCUCGGCCGACAUUGUCGUGCUGUACGAUUCGGAUUGGAACCCUCAGGCCGAUUUGCAGGCCAUGGAUCGAGCCCAUCGAAUCGGUCAGACGAAGCAAGUUUACGUGUUCCGGUUCGUGACCGAGAACGCGGUCGAGGAGAAGGUCUUGGAACGUGCGGCGCAAAAGCUUCGACUCGAUCAGUUGGUCAUCCAGCAGGGCCGCACGCACAACAGUAGCAAGCUGGCGAACAAAGAUGAGCUUGUCGAGAUGAUCCAACACGGAGCCGAUAAAAUCAUCAACUCGAGCGAGUCGAUGCUGAUUGACGACGAUAUUGAUGACAUCAUUCGUCGCGGUGAGGAGAGGACCGCCGAGCUAAACUCCAAGUACGAGUCGCUCAACUUUGACGACCUGCAAGUGUUCAAGUCCGAGACGACGACCAAUUGGGAGGGUGAGGAGUACGGACGACAGAAGAAGAUUGGUCUGACUUGGAUCGAGCCUUCGAAGCGGGAGCGCAAGUCCAACUACUCGGUCGACAGCUACUAUCGCGAUGCGAUGAAGCAGAACCAUCGCACCGGUCCUCGUGGCCCCCGUGGUCCUCGACAAAUCUCUGCCGACGACUACAAGUUCUUCCCGCCGCGCCUCAUCGAGCUGCAAGAACGCGAGGCCCUGUACUUCAAGAGGACGCAAUCGCACGUCGUCCCCUUGCGCGACGACCCCGAAGCUAGCCAGGAGGAGCUUGAGGCCGAACGCGCGGCAGAACAAGAAGCCGUCGACACGGCUGAACCGCUGACGGAGGAGGAGAAGAAUGAGAAGGAAGAGCUGGCUGAGCUCGGCUUCUCCCACUGGAGCAAGCGAGAGUUCCAACAGUUCAUCCGAGGCUGCGAAAACUAUGGCCGGUGAGUUUUCCAUGAAGCUGGCUCACGUAUGCCGACUACAACGGAAGCUGACAUAAUUUUUUGUGUUGUUCCGCGACGAUAGUGAGGCUUACGAUCUCAUCCAGACGGAGGUGCCGACCAAGACAGCGGACGAGAUCCGCGAGUAUGCCCAAGUGUUCUGGGAUCGCUAUACCGAGAUUGACGAUCACGAGCGUCUCAUGAAGCGUAUUGACGACGCUGAAAUGCGCCGCAACCACGAGGAUCGUCUGUGGGGUAUCAUCAAGGAGAAGGUCGCGUCGACGCCGUUCCCGCUGCAGAACAUGAAGAUCAUGUACCAGAACCAGACCAAGGGCAAGUCGUACUCCGACGAGGAGGACCGCUACCUGUUGUGCGAGUUGGCCAAGUACGGCGUAGGCAAGGAGGACACCCCGGAAAAGAUCAAGUACGACAUCAACCAAAACCCUCUGUUCCUCUUCGACUGGUUCAUCAAGUCGCGUACGCCGCAAGAGAUCGGUCGACGAUGCACGACACUUGUCGCGCUCGUCGAGAAGGAGGUCGGCUUGGACCACGACGAGUCGAUCCCGCGCAAAGGCCAGGGUCGAGGUGGCGGACGAGCCCCUCGUGGGGGUAAGAAGCGUGGCUCGAUCGCCGCCGGGGUCGAGGACGAGGCGACGGUCACUUCGGCCAAUACGUCGCGAGCCUCGACACCUGCACCUCCUGUCGCCAAAAAGUCUCGCAGAUCGCUGAUUUGA